UGCCAAUACCAUUUCUGUGCCCAUAAAUUUGCUUUUGGGAUGAUUGUUCUGACUUAACCUUCUAACAGGGAAUUGUGUUAUAAAUGUGGUUUUUUUAAUUUCUUCAAAAUCCAAAUCAAUUCGCAAACAUGCCGACUUAUGAAAUGCCACUAUUAUUACGAGUCAUGAAACAGCCAGAAUGUGUAGCCACUUUAAAGAGAGUGACAAAUGCAAUAUUCGAAACAGGUGGUUUUAUUAGGAAAAUUGAAAAUUGGGGAGAAAGAGAACUUCCCAUGAAGGCGUCGAGUCACGGAAAACAUUAUAAAGUAGCCCAUCAGUUUCUUAUUUGCUUUGAUAUUCCACCAUCAACAUUACACAAUGUGCGUGAUGAAUUUAAGAGAGACAUAGAUAUUAUUAGAUCCAAUGUAUAUAUACAAACUCCACCUCAUCCAGAGGAUCUAGUAUGCACAUUACAUGAAGAACUAUUACCUGCACCUUACAGGCCUAGUGUACUGAAGUUAUUAGAUAUGGCCGCAAAACGAAAGAAUAAUCGAAAACAGAAAUUUAAUUAUGGCAGUGUUGAAUAUUAUCCUUUCUUAAAAUAAGUGAAUUACUCAUUGUUAUUUAUCAUAUGAUAUAGUACUUUGUAUAUGCCAUUCAGAAAUAAAGCAUUUAAAAAUAG